AUGAAGUUCCUUUUAUUGAGAUUUGUUGUAGUUGUUCUUCAUUUUAAUAAAACUCAUCCAAGUCCGUUCUUUCACUCAUCUCAGUUAGUGAAAGCUCAGAGUAAACAAACGAAAAAACGUAUUCGAAGCGAAAGCGAGAGAAAACAUUGGGAUAAGCUGAAAAAUUUAUUUUGGUUUAUGGCGUAA